GACUGCUCUUUCUUUUGUAGUCGUCAUGAAUGUGACAUCUUUAUUGCUCUGUAUAUUGCUGAAAGUCCUGGCUGUGAACUGUCAGGGUUUUGCACAGGAACGGAUAGUGGGAGGCUAUGCGCCCGUUCCUCAUUCCAUCAGGUACAUUGUAUCAUUACAGACGAUGACACGCCAGCACUUCUGCGGGGGCUUCCUCAUUAACAGAUUCUGGGUAGUCACAGCAGCACACUGCAACAUUGGGAUAAGCAAAAUGGUGGUAGUAGCAGGAGACUACUCUUUGUCCAUUUAUGAAGGCACAGAGCAGGAAGUGUUCCCUCACUUCUUGGUGCCACACCCUGAGUACAACCGCACCGCAAACAACAGUGACAUCAUGCUCAUUAAGCUGAGGGCACCCAUCUACCUGAACGACUACGUGUCCAUUGUGCUGCUGCCCAGGCAGGAUGCCACCAUAGCGGAGGGCGAAAUGUGUCGAGUGUCAGGUUGGGGAUUCACCAGCCCCACUGGGGGCCAGAUUCCAGCCACCCUGCGGACUGUCACACUUCCUAUUGUGUCUACAGAGAAAUGUAACAGCACUAAGUCGUUUAAUGGCCGCAUCACUGACAGAAUGCUUUGUGCCGGCUACAACGUUGGUGGAAAAGAUGCCUGUCAGGGAGACUCUGGUGGCCCACUUGUCUGUAACGGGCGGGCCUAUGGAGUGGUGUCAUGGGGAAGAGGAUGUGCUGACGCUCAAUUUCCUGGAGUCUACACUGCUGUGUCCAAGUUCCGCCGCUGGAUAGACAACACCAUAUUUAGCUACUACAGCAGAUGUAAGAAGGAUUAGAGCUCAGUGUUAAUUCAUUGGAGACAUAACUUCCUCAAUGUUGCCUUCUUUGAUCUAAUUUUACAUGCACUAUAUCAGGUGAACACUGGAGGAUACAUUCAGGGAUGGUUCCAUAUUCUAGGAAACAUUCAUUGUAGCCUUUGGGCUGAGAGAUAGUUUUCUUACACUAGGCAGCCACAACAUUAUGAAAAAUACAAGGUUAAAAAAAAAGGUAUAAUUUUAAUAAUGUUGGAACAAGAAUGUUGAGAUUCAUUGAAAAUUGCCAGCCCCCAAAUCGAAAGAAACUGGUUGCACAAAACUUCUUGAGCUUCCUAAAAACUACAGCUUAUGGCAGCAAAAAUGCUACUUGAACUACUAGUAGCAGUACUAGU